AAUGAAGUAAAGAUGAUUUUAAAAUAGAACUUACAUAGUGUAAUAUGUAUUGAAAGUCUGAAAAUAAUUAUUAAGCAGUUGUAAAAGUAAAAGUGAUUGUAAUAGUACUAAAUAAGAUUAUAAUUAAUAUUGAACGUUGUUGUUAUACAAGAUUAUCAGUGUACUAUUAUAUAUUCUCGGAAAAAGUUUCAGGUUUUCUUGUAAUAUUUAUUGUAUGUAUGUAUAUUAUGAAUGUUGGAGGUUAGAAUGACAUCGACAAAUUUCAAUAAGAAAAGAAUAUUAGUAUAAAUCUAUUUUUAUAUCACGCUUAACGUCUAAAAGGAACUUAGGAAGGAAAUAUUAAACAAAAUGGAAAAUACUAAAUUAAAUGAAGAUUCAGCGCAAAUAUCACAACAUUUUUUAACCCGUGUUUAUUAUGCUGCCAAAGAUGGUAUGGGUAUUAUUGUUUAUAAUCUUCUCAGUAGUGAAGAUGCUAAGCUGGUAAAUGUUGUGAUUAAUCAAAAAGUAUUGGAAGAAGAUGGUCAACAUUGUACACCAUUAAUAAUAGCUGCACGAUAUGGCCAUAAUAAAGUAGUUAAAAUAUUACUUGAUAAAUUUAAGCCUGAUUUGGAACAAGAAGGAACAGUUAAAUUUGAUGGAUAUGUUAUUGAAAAGGCAACUGCUUUAUGGUGUGCUGCUGGUGCAGGACAUUUGACAGUUGUGAAGAUACUAGUAAAAGCUGGUGCCAAUGUUAAUCACCCUACUAAAAGCUUAUCUACCCCUUUGAGGGCAGCUUGUUUUGAUGGACGAUUAGAUAUUGUAAAAUAUUUAAUAGAACAUAAUGCAGAUAUAAAUAUUUUAAAUCAGUUCAAUAAUACAUGUUUAAUGAUUGCUGCAUAUAAGGGUCAUUUAGAUAUAGUGACUUUUCUUUUGCAAAAAGGUGCAAAUCCAAAUGAGAAAGCAAAUUGUGAUACAACUGCAUUACAUUUGGCAGCUGAACGUGGAUAUACUAAUAUAAUAUCUGAGUUAUUGAAAUAUGGGACACAUAUGACAAAGAAUGUUAGUGGAAUGACACCAUUAAUAGCAGCAGCAGAAAGAACUAGGGCUGAAGUCGUAGAAUAUUUAAUAAAAUAUGUAAAAGUUACUAGAGAAGAAGCAAUUGAAGCAUAUGAGCUUCUUGGAGCUUCUUAUGCCAAUGAUGAGCGCAAUUAUUGUUUAACAAAGGCUUAUAAAUAUUUAUGGAAAGCGAUGAAACAUAGAUUCAGAGAUCCGGAUAAUAUUAUUUAUAAAAAAUUAGGUAAAAGUAUAAAAGCAUAUGAUAAUUGGAAAGAAUGUGAUACUCUAGAAAAAUUGAAAAGUAUUAGAAAUAAUCAAAAUGCUAUUCAUAUGGAAUCAUUGGCUAUUCGAGAGAGGAUACUAGGACAGCAUAAUCCAAAAGUGCCACAUCAUAUUAUAUUCAGAGGAGCAGUUUUUGCAGAUAGUGCUAGAUUUGAUAGAUGUAUAGAUCUCUGGCUUCAUGCUUUAUAUUUGAAGCAACUGAACAAUAUACCAGUUGUAAAAGAUCUUUUAAGGUUUGCGCAGGUAUUUUCACAAAUGAUACAUGUAGGAGUAGAUCUUGAGUUUUCUCAAGUCUUGAAUGUUUUAGAAGCUUGCGUAACAGAACUUACUCGUAAUAAAUCUAAACUCAACAAUCCUGAUUCUGAGGAAGAUAUAGAACAACAUAUUGAGGAGAUGGAAUCAAAUAUUACAACUACAUUGUAUAUAUUGACAAUUUUAACAAAACUUUUAACAUUGAAUGAGAGUAAAUAUGAAGAACAAGAUAAAAAUAAGGCAUAUCAAUUAGUUCAUAAACUCUGUGCUUUACAAUUAUGUUUAAAGGAUGGCCAGACAUUAUUGCAUCUUGCUGUAAAUGCUGCCACUUUGGUGGAUGAUUUCCAUACUAAUCAUGUCUGCAAAUUUCCUUGCGCUGCAACGACUAAGCUACUUAUAUGUUGUGGUGCUGAUGUAAAUGCAAUGGACAAUGAAAGGAAUACACCAUUACAUAUUAUUGUUAGUUAUAGAGAACCUGUUAGUGAUUUUAUGACUCUUCAUUCCAUCAUCAUGGAUCUUAUAGAAGCUGGAGCGCAUAUGGAUACAGUUAAUAGUAAUGGGAAAACUCCAUAUGAUGCUGUCGCUACAGGUGUAGCAGAAAUAAUACUAAGGACUCAAACUAAAUUAUCAUUAAAAUGUAUGGCUGCAAAAGUUGUGAAUGCUUACAAUUUGUCAUAUUAUGGAAAUGUACCACGUUCUUUGGAAAGUUUUAUUGAACUUCAUGGACCAGGUCUUAAUCAGGGUUAGAAAAAGUUAUUAAUAAGCAGCAUAUUACAUAGAUAAUUGUGUUAAGUGUAAUCAAUUUAAAUUAUUUAUUCUUGAUACUGUGAACUUUUUGAGAGUGUAUAAAACAUUUAAGAUAUUUAGAAAAAAUUUAGUAUAUUUGUAAAUUGAUUAAUAAUGAGAUUUUUAUGAAUGAUAUAAAAGCAUUCUUUCUAUUAUGUAGAUGCAGAUAACGAAUUUUUUAUAAAAAAAACAUUGUAUAUUUUUAAUGAGCAAAGUCAAAGUUAUUAACUAGUUAUUAACUUAAUAAGAUCCAAAUGGAAGGAAAAAUUACAUUUAGCAAUGUUAUUUUUUAAUUAUUGCACGACAGAAAAUUGAACAGAUAAGUUACUUGCAACACAUGAUGAAAUUCUUUUAUAUCUUUUUUAUUUUUUAACUAUAUUCGUCUUCUUCUUCUAACUAUAUCGAUCUUCUUCUAUGUAAUAGUAUUAUUAAUUAGUAAUUGAAAAGAAAACAACACAUUUAUGAAAUAGAAGUAAUACAAUUUGUCCACAAAAUAUAACUAACUUGCUGUUAUAUUACAAAUUUUAAUUAAAUGUAUAAUGAUCUGAAUAAAUAAUAUAGUAUUAAUACGAUA